AGAGAACACUUCAACAGAUCACUGCCUCUCAUACUUGCAUUGUAUAUAUCAAAGCAACCACUGUGUGAUAUUAACAAGUUAGCAAUCUGCAGCAACAAGUUUCGUAAAAUGGCUUCAGUUGAUCUGGUUGACAGCACUGUAAUGGUAAAGGAAUCCACAGACUCUAGAAAAUCGGAGUUUUGUGUGGGAUUGAGGAAAAGUAUUGGGGAUUUGAAGGAGGUUUUGUUGGGGAGAGAAGUUUCUGCUGUUGGUGUGCACUGCAUUGGUGGCGGUGGGAAAACAACCCUUGCGUUGGCUCUCUCCAAUGAUCCUCAAAUCAAAGAUUACUUUAAGAAUAAUGUGAUUUUCAUCAAUGUCUCCCAAUCUUUAAAUCUUAAAGAAAUAUUGGAGAUCAUGUGGGAGAAGAUUAUUAAAAAGAAAAGAACCGAGUUUCAAAAUGUUGAAGAUGGGUAUGUACAAUUGCAACAACAUCUUCUAAAGGAAUCCAAGCCAACUUUAGUGAUAUUGGAUGAUGUUUGGUCAAGUGAAAAUUUAGAGAAACUACUCUUUGAAGGAAAAGGAUAUAAGACUCUUAUAACAACAAGAGACAGUUCCAUUAUUCCAUAAACUCCUUCUAUUAAAUCAUAUCAAUUGCCAUUGUUAGAUCGUGCGGAUGCUCUAUCCCUUUUCUGCUUUUGGGCUUUUGGACAAACAUCAAUUCCAAGUACUAUGGAUUCAAGUCUAGUUAAAGAGGUGCAAGAAAAAUGUGGUGGUUUGCCACUUGCUCUAAAGGUGAUUGGAAGUUCUUUGCAUGGACAACCCCAUGUGGCUUGGGAGAGGGAAAAGAAUAAUAUUUCCAAAGGAGAAACUAUAUUUGAUUAUCACAAAGAAGGGCUACUUAGAUGUUUUCAACCUAGUAUUGAUUCCUUAGAUGAUAUAGUCAAGGAAUGUUUCCUAGAUUUGGGAUUGUUUCCUGGGAAUAGAAAAAUAUGUGUCGAUGCACUACUAGAUACUUGGGUUAAUGUUAGAAAGCUAGAGUGGCAAGAUUCCUUUGCCAUCUUAUCUAUGCUUGCACGAAGAAAUCUUCUGAAUUUAACCAGUGAUCGAAGGAAUACAAAGACUCUCAACUAUAGAAAUGCCUCAAAGUUGUACUUUUCUCAACAUGAUGUGAUACAAGAUUUAUCAUUAUAUCUAGGAUCUCAAGAUAAUGUACUCCAUAGGAAGAGGUUGCUUAUGAGUUCCAAGGAUAAUGGUUUUCCAGAGAAAUGGAAAUCAUUUGGUGAUAUAGCAUUUGAUGCUCAAAUUGUCUCUAUUCACACAGGACCUAUGGAUGAAACUCAAUGGCAUGAAAUGAACUUUCCCAAGGUGGAGUUUUUGGUAUUACUAUUCAAUGCAACUGAAUACUUUCUUCCUCCAUUUCUAAAAUCUAUGAAAUGUUUGAAAAUGCUCAUUGUAUUUAAUUUUGGUCCAAAAAGAGCCAUGUUGAAAGGUCUAGAUGCCUUAUCUUCUCUCACUGAACUCAAGGUUGUCCAUUUGGAGAGGUUGAUUUCAAUCCCUUUUCAAAAACACAAUAAAGAACUAAAAAACUUGGAGAAGUUAUCAUUAAGCUUAUGUGAAGGAUUUGGAAAUACACCAACCUUCAACAUUAUGAACCUAAGAGUGUUUAACUUGGAUCAUUGUAGUGAUUUGGAGAAGUUACCCUCUAGUAUUUGUUAUAUGCCAUUUGCUCAAAUAUGCUCCUUUACCAAUUGUCAUCUUGUUCAAAAUUUACCAUACAACAUUGGAAAUCUAGUCAAUUUGAGAGUGUUAAGUCUAUCAGCAUUACCAAGCUUAAAAGAGCUUCCUACAUCAAUUGGAAAACUUGGCCAACUGGAAUGUCUAGACAUUUCAUUAUGUGAUGGUCUAAGAGAACUUCCAGAGGAGAUAGGUCAACUAAAUAAAUUGAGUGAACUUGAUAUGAGAGAGUGUUCACAUUUGAUGAGGCUUCCUAAAACCAUUUAUGGACUAAGUUCUUUGAAACAUGUUGUUUGUGAUGAGAAGAUUGGGAAGCAAUGGUUACAAGUCAAGAGUAUUUCUAUCCCUAAACUUGAAGUAGAAAUUAUGGAAGUACAUUUUAGUUUAGAUUGGCUUGAUGAUUAACUUCAUUUUAUAUGCCUUGUUGGUUUAAUAUUAUAUUCACCUUAGAUAUUUUAUAUUAUGUGUGAUAUUGCAGGUCUACUUAAUAAGUUUAGUUGCGAUUAUUAGGAUAUUUGUUUAUUCUUACCUAAGUAACUAAUAAUGUCAUCCAUACACCAUAACUUGAUAUAGACAAGUGCCACCACUACUUCGUCAACUAUAUAUAUAUAUAUGAGAAUAAUUGAGAUUUAACUCAUACCUUUUAAACAUGUCAUCUCCUUGAUUCUUUUAUUCAAGAGGCCCAUAUAUUUGUCUAUUAGUCUAUAUAACUUGUCUCGUAAUAUUGAAUAUAGAAUAGAAUUAUUAUAUUCAUAUGGAUUUUUAAUUAGCUUAUAGGCAUUUGGUUUUGGGUAGAUUUUUUCUUCAUAAAAAAUUUAACACGCCUACAACAAGAAAAAAAUUUAAGAAAAUUUUAUGAAUGUUUCAUUGCCAUUCUCUUUGAUGUUAGCUCUUAUGGAAUUGUGUCCUUUGUUUAGAUACUUUAAAGCCUCUUGAUCUUUUUUCACAUGAUCAUUUGACAUUGGUGUGGAGACUUUUGAGCAACACUUGGAGGAGCCAUUUUCAUCUUUAGAUCAUAUUCUACAUUCCUCUGUACUAGACUAUGGAUGUUCAUCUCCAGCAGUGUACCUCUGAAACACCUAACUUGAUAGUGGCAACUUUCAACAUCGGCAUGGAGACACAUGAGCAGAGUUCAGAGACUUCAUACAUUUUUAUAUUUCUUCCCUUAAGAUCCUUUCAUUAAUGGGAAUACUUCAUGUAUAUACAUUUGGUUUUGUUUAUUACUAAGGGAGGAACAUUGUUCGAUGAUCAUGGACCAUCUUCUACCUCCAGCUUUGGGCAUCUACUAUUGGCAUAGAUUCUACAUUGUGGGGAGCUUCUUAAUCCCUCCAUUUCUCUCCAUUCUAAAGGGCAUACUUCCUCUUUGUGGGGGCGCUUCUUCUCUUUAGGGGGAUUUCUAUGUACAUUGGUGUUUCAUCAAGCUUUAUUUGUUGGGACCCAUCAUUUUAUCACAUAAGGUACACUUAAGGGGAUUGUUAGUGUAAGCUUUAUUGUUAUAGUGAGAUAAUUUAUUUUCCUAUAUAUCCUAAUUUGUUCUUACAGUUUUAUUAA